AUGCUGUCCAAGCUCCUCGCAACCGCCAUCCUCCCCCUCACCGCCCUGUCCUCCCCCUUCCACCCGGGCGUCCUCAGCCCCCGCGAGCUGCCCUCCUCCGCCGGCAGCGUGACGCAGUUCAAGUACUCGGGCAACGGGUGCACGCAGGGGUCCAACUCGGUGACCCGCUCCGGCGGCUGGGCCACCCAGACGUACAGGUUCUCGCAGUUCGAGGCCGACACCGUCACCGCGGGGACCCCGACGACCGAGAACUGCGAGCUGCACUUCCAGGGCGCGGGGCUGACCCCGGGCUGGCAGGUCAGCCUGGCCGACGCCGACGUCACGGGCAAGCUGGUGCUGGCGCCCGACUCCAGGGUCAACUACUACUGGCAGGUGUACUGGAGCGACGAUGCUGCCGACACGCUCACCCUGCAGGGCGCCAUCGAUAAUACCGGGGGCAAGAGCAAGAUCACCAACAACAACUACACUAUCAAGGCCAACGUCACGGACUCGCUGUGGUCCCAGUGCAUCGGCUCGGACGGCAACCCGGGCAUCCUGAAUGUCAACUUCAGGGUGGCGGUUGUUGGGGACGGCAGCUCAUUCGACGUUGAUACGGAGACGCUGAACUACAAGUUUAGGAAGUGCUGA